UGGGUUCCCCUUCUGCAGAUGGAACUUCCCCCGUCGGGGUUCAGAACGUGAAGCUGUCUCCUCCCCCACUCCGGCCCGACUGCUCUGCAGGAGACCCCUCACCUGCCCGCCCGCUCACCCAGGAUUCCCUCCUCUCCCCUUUCCUCUGCAGGACGCAGCAGGGACAAGGGGGUUGAAGAUGCCAUGGCUCUUCUGGUCAUCGUUGCUGCCACUUCUGCUGCUGUUUGGCCUAGCUGGAGUGCCCCCAGUACAAAGUAGCUGCAAUGGGCAACCUGCUCUGCCUGGCACCCCAGGCAUCCCCGGAAGGCCUGGCCCUAAUGGGAAAGACGGUGCCAAUGGGCCAAAGGGAGAGAAAGGCCUUUCCGGAGAGUUGAGCUUCCGAGGAGACAUGGGGGAGAAGGGGGCCCCUGGGAACCCUGGCUAUCCGGGGAAGGUUGGCCCUAAGGGCCCCAUGGGGUCCAAAGGCAGCUUGGGACCCCCCGGCCCCCGUGGCCCCAAGGGAGAGUCUGGCAAUUACAAGACCUCCAUGAAGUCGGCCUUCUCUGCGGCCCGGACCAUCAACACUCCUUUGCGGCGAGACCAGUCCAUCCGCUUCGACCGGGUCAUCACCAACGUGAACGAGCACUACGAGUCCCGCAAUGGCAAGUUCACCUGCGAGGUGUCUGGCCUCUACUACUUCACCUACCAUGCCACCUCGCGGGGCCUGCUCUGCGUCAACCUGCGGAAGGGCCGUGGAAAAGGCGAGAAGGUGGUCACUUUCUGCGACUUCGUGUACAACACCUACCAGGUCACCACAGGCAGCGUGGUGCUCAAGCUGGAAGAGGGCGAGUCCGUGUGGCUGGAAGCCACGGACAAAAACUCCCUCGUGGGGCUCGAAGGGGCCGACAGCAUCUUCUCUGGCUUCCUGCUCUUCCCCGAUAUGUAGGCCUGGAUCCGCUCCGGCCGGGCAGGACCACCUCCCCGUGUUGUCCCUGCCCAGUCCGAGCCCGGCCUGUCCAGGUGGCAGCACCACUGAAUGGAAGUGGCCUUUCUGGGGUGUGGUGGGGGAAGGCUGGCCCUACAUGCCCUUAAGAUGCCCCCAAGGAACCUGGCACGAGCCUGCUGUUCCCUCCAAAGUCAGUCUGGAUCUGCUAUGGUGUGAGCCUGUUGUUGGGUAGGGACCGUCUCUAUAUGUUGCCAACUUGUACUUCCCAAGCGCUUAGUACAGUGCUCUGCACACAGUAAGCGCUCAAUAAAUACGAUUGAAUGAGUGAAUGAAUGGUAGAAUUAGACAAGUGCCCCUCUGCCAACAGUGCCUGAGCCUGGCCCGGGGUUUGGGCUCUGCAGAGCGAGCCCCAGGCCUAGCUUUUUCCUGGCUAGACCCCAUAGGCCCCAGCUCCCAGCCCCCAGCUGUGCUGCAGAAAGCCCUAGGGAGAGGCCCUGCCCAGCCCUAGGGUCAGACCAGCCUCUCUUCUCUGCCCAGGGCUCCCUCCUGGGCAAUCCAGCCUUUGUCUGAUUUGCUUUGCUUUACCAAUCCCCAACAGGAGAAGAGAGCAGAAGGGAAUGUGGAAGAGCUGGGAAAGGAGAUGGGGAGGGAUCAGGCAGGAGGGUGAUUUUGUUAUUUUCUCGUGCUCCAGAGCAGCAUGGAGGGAAGUUUGCCUCCCAGGGAUGAUUUCCCAGUGCACUCUCAGGGGUCCAGAACCAGCCUGCAUCCCCACCCAUUCCCAUCCCCAUCCCUCUACCUUUUUGUGCCGCUCUUCUCUGUUCUGACAGAGGCCUAGCCCUCUGCCUUGACACUCUCCCUCACCCAGACUCCCAGUCUGAACUUGUCUCCCGGGUCCCAUCCUCCGGGUCCCUAGUGGGUGGGGGUAGGCGGUGGUGUCCCUGGGCUGGGCCAGGGGGUUUCCGGGGUUCUGCACAGGCCCAGCACCUGUUGGCUUCAGUAAAUAAAUCUUCAUGGAAAUCAAA